AUCUUAGAGGCGCAUUGGUGCAUGAAAAUUGGCAGGCAUCUGAAGACAAUAUACUCAUUUAGGUAUCUGUAGAAUCUGCUUUGCUGCACGGUCUCACCUUUAGGUUUCUGAGAUGUUUAGGGUGCUGAAAGUAUUGACCACAGUUGCUCUGCUGACUGUCGCUUCAAUCGUGGAUGCUGCUCCACUGAUGCCCGGAGAACCAGAUGCCUUUAAGGAACCAGCUGAUGGAGAUCCAGGAAGAACUGAAGCAAACACUGAAAUAAAUACAGCACUAAUGAAGCAACUGAGGAGCAAAACACUGACGACAUUUCCUGACGGAGAUGGAAAAACUGUAGCGACGCGAGCAUUAGAUGAAAUAAUCACAGCAACAAGCAGCCCAAAUAACAGAGACAAGAGCUUAAACACAGGAAUCAGUAAUCUAUUAAAUACACUGACAAUGCUCUCCGAUGGACACGAGGAGACCGAAGGCCAUGAUGAAUCUCCCGAAAACAAAGAACUGAUGGAGAUUACAGAAAAAUCUGAUCCUGGUCCUCCAGAAGAGCUGCUGAAGAUGCUGAGUGCACUUGAAGAGCUGCACAAGUUCAUCAACAGCCACCGGAUCACCAUCAUUACCAGAGGAAACAGCAAUGGACGAAGUACAGGGAAGAAGAACAAAAUGGUAGUGACGGAUGGAAACCUCAAAUCCACCACAGCGACCACUAUAGACAGCGGUGGCAUCUCACCCAAAGCCAGCACUGACCAAAUGGACCCCAAACUUAAUGGAAAAUCCUUUAAAAAGUCUCUUCCGUCAACCAAGAAAACCAACAAGAGAGUGUGCUUCUGGAAGUACUGCUCUCAGAACUGACCCUCGCUGAUUUCUGCAAACGGCCUGCAACAAAUCCUGUUCUCAAACACGGAUGCUUAAACUCUUCCCAGCGGAGCCUCAAUAACACGACUGACCCUCUGCCCUGUGACGUGUGUACUGUACCUUUAACUAUGUGCACCAAAUUAUGUUAACUUUCCAUCUUGCAGCGUCUUCCUUGUUGCAAGCUCCAAUAAAACAUGACACUGCAUGCA